CGUGUGUUGUUUACAUACUUGGCUAAUAAAGCUGAAUCUGAUUCUGCCAACAUUCUAAUUGGGGGUUCAUCACUAAAUUUUAGAUUCAUUGAUGUGUAGCACUAUUGCUUAUGCAAUUGAUCAGUUCAUUUUUUCUACUUAAUCACAUUACAGGUAGGUAUUAUUGUAGGUUGAUCUGGAUUAACCACGGGCCCCACUUAGACCGACCUCUUUCUGGUGUUCCACCCCGAGCGCGAGACUCGGCAGCGGGCCAUGUGACCUCUGACGUCUCGGCAGCCAACGGGACUUCCACCGCGGCUUCCUCCUCGCGUAUCCGCCUCGAGGAAGUCCGACGCUCGGGUAGCUUUUCACUGUGCCGCCCAGUCGUCGUACUGCUGCUGGUAAACACAAAAGAGAUAUUUGAGGCUAUGAAUGUGUACUCCGUAACCCUCAGUGGCCCAGCGCCAUGGGGCUUCAGGCUGCAGGGUGGCAAAGACUUCAGCAUGCCCCUCACCGUGUCAAGGUUGACUCCGGGUGGGAAGGCAACUCAGGCUGGUGUCGAGGUCGGAGACUGGGUGGUCUGUAUUGAUGACCUCAAUGCAGAGGACUUGACCCAUGUGGAGGCCCAGAACAAGAUCAGAGCAGCAUCAGACUCCCUCACACUCACUCUCAACAGGCAACAACCAGUUCAGGGUAUACCCCAGAUGGUACAAUCUGUCUUUAACAUGCCUUGUUUUAUCCCCAACGACCGCAGCAAGAAGAGGUUGAUCCAGGACACAGAGGACUGGCAGCCUCGCACUGGUACCACCCAGUCCCGCUCCUUCCGCAUCCUGGCCCAGCUCACUGGCACUGACUUCAUGCAGGACCCAGAUGAUGAAAGCAUGAAGAGGGCCAGGGAAAAGUUCCUCACUGAGAUUCAGAGCCCCCGCUAUGCCCGUCUAAGGGAUUGGCACCACGACAGGUCCGCUCGCGCCCUAAAUAUCAAAUCUCACCUUCUUUCCAGUGUUGCGCCAACUCCGUCACCUGCCAAGGCUCAGACUGCCAAUAAACCAGAUGGAUCUAAGACAGCAUCAGCGGCAACGUGCCCCUCGGCACCUUCCUCCCGACCUCCGUGGGUCACCGAUCCUAAUUUUGCUGACCGUUUUCACCCGGAUAAGACCAGCACGGUGGUGACACAGCACCAGCAGCCGGUCCAGCCCACGCCGAUGGAAAACCGCAGCUCCAUCCUGCAGGCGGCGCAGCAGCCGCCCGAAGGUAGUGGGAGGACCCCGGUCUGUGGCGCCUGCAACAAAGUCAUCAGAGGUCGCUACCUGGUGGCUCUGGGACGCUCGUGGCACCCCGAGGAGUUCACGUGUUCACAGUGCAAGGUGGUCCUGGAGGAGGGGGGCUUCUUCGAGGAGAGAGGUUCCGUUUUCUGUACCAAGUGCCACGAUAACCGCUACGCCCCGAACUGUGCAAAGUGCAAAAAGAAGAUCACGGGGGAAAUCAUGCAUGCCUUGAAGAUGACCUACCACGUUCAGUGUUUCAAGUGUGCGGCUUGCAAGACUCCCAUCAGGAAUCAGGCCUUUUACAUGGAGGAGGGAGAGCCUUACUGCGAGAGAGAUUACGAGAAGAUGUUUGGCACCAAAUGUCACGGCUGCGACUUUAAGAUUGACGCCGGGGAUCGUUUCCUGGAGGCUCUUGGUUACAGCUGGCACGAUACGUGCUUCGUCUGCGCUCUGUGCCAGAUCAACCUGGAGGGCAAGACGUUCUACUCCAAGAAGGACAAGCCCCUCUGCAAAGGCCACGCCUUCGCCCCUGUGUGAGAGACGUCGCUGCCGCCCGUUUUUUUGUCUCCACCACGGUCACACGCAAUUGGGGUGUUUGAAGCUUUACGCUGUGCUCCUGCCUCUCGUACCAAAUUACGUAUCACUCCACUGGACCGAGUUGACCCAUUCAACCGUGCCAUUACAUAUAUUGUUUACCUUCAGUUUAGUCUGAUUACAUUAUGAUUAUAUAUUUUUUAUGUGGAACAUUUUAAUUUCCAGAGACUUUCCACUGACUGUUGAGUUUAGGAAUGUUGAACAUUUAUUGAAAAAAACUUUCCAAUGUAAUAGACAUUUUUCAAAACUACACUGCAAGAUAUUUUUCCUCUGCCAAAUCACGAAAGGCGAUUGAUGGACUGGCGACCAGUCUCAGGUGUAGUCAGUCUUUUGCUCCAAGUCAGAUGGGAAAGGCUCCAAAUCAAUUCAUUGGGGGAAGGGGGUUCCUCCUUUACUGCUCCUGAAAUUCACGUUUAAAUGUGGAACAUAUCUGCUGAUCUAAUUACAAAUUUUAGUAAUGGUUACACAAUUUCACAGUUCCUUCUUUUGAAAAAAGGUUUUUUUACAUUUUAUUUCCCAGCCCCCAUUUUUUUUAAUAUACCCAAAGAUAGAAUUUAAUUGCAAAACUAUUCUCAUCCUGCAUUUAUUCAUUUGCUUUUAACUUCCAGGCUGUUGUUAAAUAUGUAUUUAUAUUGCUUUACAUUGUACUUUUUUUUAUAAAUAACUGUUGGAGUAAUUGAAGAAACAUCUGUUACGAUGCUUCAACAAUUUGCUAAUUAACGUUUCCUUCACCAGAGUAAUCAAUCUUGUAAUCCAUCUUUUAUCGUCUUUCCAUUUCCUACUUUGUCAAGUCAGACCUGCAAGAUACAAAUGUACAAAAUGAUAAAACAAAAAGCAGUUUUUUUUGUGUCGCCAUGACAACACAGUAAUAAAGUAAAACACCUAGUCCUUGAAUAAACAAUAUAUAAUUUA